AUGGAAUCACCCAGCACCCACAUAUCCAUGGAAAGCCCGGAAUCACCAUGGACACUCUCCCCUCUCCAAACCCCUUCUCCUUCACUGCUUUAUCACUGCAUAGCCUCGCUCCACCGCCACGACGGCAACAUAUAUUCCAUCGCAGUUUCUAAGGGACUAGUCUUCACCGGCUGUGAGAGUAACCGAAUUCGUGCAUGGAGGCAACCAGACGGCAUGGAGCGGGGAUGUCUUAAGGCUCCUUCCGGUCAGGUCCGGGCCAUUUUAGCAUAUGGUAACAUGCUAUUUACUACGCAUAAAGAUCACAAAAUCCGAGUGUGGAACUUCACGGUUUCAGAUAGCUUUCGGUGCAAGAAGGUCUCCUCCCUUCCUAGAAGAAGCUCAUUUCUUUUGUACCCAACCCAAAAACACAAGGAUUCUGUUUCUUGCAUUGCUUAUUACCAUGCAGAAGGGCUACUAUACACUGGCUCCUACGACAAAACAGUCAAGGCUUGGCGGAUUUCAGAUAAGAAAUGCGUGGACUCGUUUGUCGCGCAUGCAGAUAAUGUAAAUGCGAUAUUGGUGAACCAAGAUGAUGGGUGCGUUUUCACAUGCUCCUCUGAUGGGUCUGUUAAAAUAUGGAGAAGGGUAUACACAGAAAACUCUCACACCCUCACCAUGACUCUGAAAUUCCAGCCAUCCCCAGUUUAUACAUUAGGCUUAAGCAAGACAUCCUUCAACACUUUUUUCCUCUAUUCAGGGUCCUCAGACGGUAGCAUUCACUUUUGGGAGAAAGAAAAAAUGUGUUACAGAUUUAACCAUGGAGGAUUUUUACAGGGCCAUCGUUUCGCUGUUCUUUGCCUAGUGGCUAUUGAGAAGUUGAUAUUUAGCGGGUCAGAGGACACAACGAUUAGGAUUUGGAGGAGAGAGGAGGGGAGUUGUUUCCAUGAAUGUUUGGCCGUGAUGGAUGGACACAGAGGACCUGUGAGAUGCUUGGCUGUUUCUUUGGAGAUGGAAAAGGUUGUGAUGGGGUUUUUAGUGUAUAGUGCAAGCUUGGACCAAACUUUUAAGAUUUGGAGGGUUAAGGUUUUGCCUGAUGAGAAAAUCUGCUUUGAUUAUUUCGACCAAAGCGAUUCCACCAAGACAAUGGACUGUGAGACGAGCCCUGUGUUGUCUCCCUCGUGGGUAGAGAAGAAGCUUCAAGUUGACGACAUUCCCUAG